CGGUUAGUGCAGCCCUCGCGCGCGUUAGCAACGCAGGCGAAUAGUUCAGCCCGUUAGACCUGCAUUACCUUUGUGUUAAAUUAGUGUAAUUUUCUGACUGAAAGUAGCAUUUAUUUUAAAAGAAUACGGGUAAAUACGAUGCUGUGAAUUAUUAUCAACAUAAAAUGAUUAGCGACUGCCCAUUCUAACAGACUAUUUAGAGUGAGGUAAAAAAUCAAUACGCUCGAAAUGAACAAACGCCGCAAUGAGCGUACACAAAAGCGCGUAAAUUCCGUUAGUUUGACAGUUACAGUUGCGGUUUCAGUGAUAAGAAUUAGAGGAUGAAUGGCGCAUGCGCGCUCUUCUUCGCUCAGCUCAGCGUCGAGCUGGCUUUCCCACUAUAUUCCUGCAGAGCUCGUGCGUUCGGGCAGUCGAUGUUCUGAACUCGAGGUGCACGGUGCCCGUUGUUAAUUGCUAACGGUUAUUCGCGUCUGUGCCGCUGCAUGUGCGUGCCAGUGAGUGAGUGUGUGUACGCGUGUGUGUGUGUGUGCGAGCGAAUGACUGAGUAAGCGUGUGUGUGUGCGUGCGUGCCAGUGUUUAAAAAAAAAAAAAAUCGAGAAAAAACAGCCAUUUAUAGAACAUUAGCUUUAACGAUUGCCAAAAACACAAAAACUGAAGUGCUGCAAAACGAUAAUUAGAUUUGCAAUAAAGAAAGUAGGCAGAAGAAUCACAGCAGCCGCGCUCGCAGUCGUCGCUGCCGUCGCCGUCGCCGUCGCAGCAGCAUGUGCGUGGCAUAAAUCAGUACCAUCAACAAUAUCAACAAGAGGAAGCAGAAGGAGAAGGAGAAGCAGAAGGAGAAGCAGCUGCAGCGUGCAUUGUUCUAGCCAAGAAGCGGAAGCGCAAAGUGCUUUUUGGAACGGCAUAAAAUGCAUUUACACUUCGAACGGAACAUCAACACAAAAUGCGACUGCACAAUACUCUCGCUCUCGUGGAUGGGCAAGGUGCCAGAUGAUAUACCCGAGGAUGAGGGCUGGAAGCUGAACCGCACCAACUACUAUCAGGAGGGCUGGCUGGCCACGGGCAAUAUACGCGGCAUUGUGGGCGUCACAUUCACCACCUCGCACUGCCGCAAGAACAUGGACUACCCGCUGCGCACCAACUACAAUCUGCGAGGUCAUCGAUCGGACGUCAUUCUGGUCAAGUGGAAUGAGCCGUAUCAGAAGCUCGCCUCGUGCGACAGCUCUGGCAUCAUCUUUGUGUGGAUCAAGUACGAGGGUCGCUGGUCCAUCGAGCUGAUCAACGAUCGGAAUACGCCGGUCACGCAUUUCUCCUGGUCGCACGACGGUCGCAUGGCGCUCAUCUGCUAUCAGGAUGGCUUCGUGCUGGUCGGCUCUGUGGCCGGUCAGCGCUAUUGGUCGUCCAUGCUCAAUCUGGAGUCGACCAUCACGUGCGGCAUUUGGACGCCCGACGAUCAACAGGUGUACUUUGGCACCACCCAGGGCCAGGUGAUCGUCAUGGAUGUGCAUGGCGCGAUGGUGUCCCAGGUGCAGCUCUCUAACGAUGUGCCCAUCACGUCCAUGGCCUGGUCCUGCGAGAAGUUCAAAAUGGAGGAGGGCGAGGAAGCCGAGCCCGGUGUAACCAAUGCCGCCAAGCGCACUUUUGUGCUGGCGGUCAGCUUCCAGAAUGGAUAUAUCUACUUGCUAAAGUCGUUUGACGACGUCUCACCCGCACAUAUCAACACCUGCCUUAACGGCGCCCUGGGCAUGGUCAUGGAGUGGAGCAACUCGCGGGAGCUGCUCGCCGUGGCCGGGACACUGCGCAGCAAUAGCAACAGCAUGGGCCUGGAUGGCAAGCUGGAGCACGAGCUGGGCCUGGGCACGCCGGCCGGCAGCUGCUACUACAACAACCUGGUCAAGUUCUACACGGAGUCGGGCAGUUGCCUCUACCAGGCCCACAUACCCUGCAGCACGGCCACCGUGUCGGCCAUCACCUGGGGCCACAACGACAAGCGGCUGUUCAUCGCGACGGGCACUCAGGUGCACAUCGCCUGGAUCUCGCGACGCGUCGCCUCGCUGCAGCUGCUCUGCCGGCUGCAGAUCCAGGCGAGCGUUGGCUCCGAGACGCUGUUGCCGCUGCUGCCGUUGCCCUCCAGAAUCAAAUCGCUCAUUGGCAAUCUGUUUGCUCAAACCAUAAGAUGCUGUGUACCUGAUCUGAAGUCGCUGCGUGACUUUGUGUCGCGCCCGCCGCUUUGCUCGACUCGGUUGCACUGCACCAUGAUACGGCAUGAUGAUGACUCCAAUCUCAGCUCCGGCACCUGCUACACGCUCUACCUGGAGUACCUGGGCGGGCUGGUGCCGCUGCUGAAGGGCAAACGCACGUCCAAAAUACGUCCGGAAUUUGUCAUCUUCGAUCCGCAGGUUAAUGACAAUUCGCUGUAUUUUCAAUACGCCGCCGAGGCCAAGAGCAGCUCCGGCUCCAGCCAAUCCACCACGACGGGCAACAGCGGACGCACCGACUCCUCGGACAGUGACUUCGAUGAGCGCUCCUCGCGCUUCGGCUCGCCUCGAACGCCGCGCAAGCGCCGCGUGCGCGCCAAGCGGCGGCCGCAGAACGGCGACCGCACGGCCAGCGGCAGUGGGAGCAACACUCUGGAUCCGGACAGCCUGGACGAGCUGGCCUAUGUGGACACGCUGCCCGAGCAGGAAGUCAAGCUGGUGGAGGUGACCUCCAAUAUCUGGGGCACCAAAUUCAAGAUCCAUGGACUUGCCAAAACCGUCCCAGCCAAUUUAGGCCAAGUAACAUAUAAGACGUCCCUACUGCAUUUGCAGCCGCGUCAGAUGACGCUGGUGAUCACGGAGCUGCGCGACGAUUUCCCCACUGGGCCCGAUCCCAGUUUCAAUCCCAAUCUCUUCUCCGAGGACGAGGAGGAGCACAACUUCAAUCAUAAUCAUAAUCAUAGUGCGGAUGCCGCAGUGCCUCAUGUGAGCGUGACGAGCGCCGCUCCGGAUGCUGCUUCAGCUGCAUCAGCUGCAUCAGCAGCAGCAACAGCAGCAACAGCGGCGACAAUAGCCGCAUUGAAGCCGCCAAUUAUGCCGCAGCGUCGCCUCAACGAUGGCGCCUCGGCGCCGCCCAUUGCGCCCAUGUCGCCACGCCCGAAUCGCAUACUGGCGCGGCAUAAGAACUCGCACGGCUUGACUGUGAAUGGAGCUGGCUCCGGCGGCGGGGCUGUGGGGCUGAGUCCGCUGGCGCGUGCCGAGAGCUACGACGACGACUCGUCCAAUGAGUCGCAGGAGGCGGCAACAGCCGCUGGCACUGCCACCACCGUGCUGCUGCAUCAGGCGCCGCCCAGCUGCAGCUCCGGCUCGCCCUCGCCCAGCUGCAGCAAGAGCGUCACGCGUCCAAAGACCAUCAGCAGCUUCAAGAACAGCUACAGCCGCUCCAGCUCCAACUCGAGCUGCCAGUCGCGGCACGCCAUCUCGCCGCUCUACUGCGACGGCUCGGUGCCCACGCUGCAGUCGCCCAAGAACGCCGUCGCCCCGUCGGACAUCAUAUUCGAGCGGCCCGCUGUGCCGGCUGCGGGCCAGACCACCCUGAUGUCGUACUCGAGCAAUGCGGACUACGCCAACAACGUGGUCCAGGUGAAGAACGCGCUCAUGUCGGAGUCGAUGCGCACGGCAAACAGCCACGUGAAUCCGGUGCCGCUCAAUCUCAACUUGAACCUGGAGCGCAUGGAUGCGCGUGCCGUCAAGUGCUCCACAACAAAGCGGCGGGACAUGCUCUACAUAGACGAGGAGACGCAGUCGCCCACGCCCACAACCACAACCACAACCACCGCCAACACCUCAGCAGCCUGCUCCAGCAUGAAGCGCACUCCGACUGUGGUUUCCAUAGCGCCAGCGCUGCCCGACUCCAUAACGCGCAGCUGCAGCGUCGGCUAUCUGGACUCGGUGGCAAUAACGCCCUCGGACGAGGCUCUGUCCGCUUUACGCAAGGAUGCGCCCAACAAGCGUCUGAUCCUGGUGGACAAGCGCCGCAAUCGCCAUCGCAAGCGCCAGCAGCAGCAGGCGGACGCUCGCCGGCACAAGCUACAGCAGACGGGCAAGUCGAAGAGCUUGGACUCCUGUGAUCUGCUCUCGCUGCAAACGAAGCUCUCCAGCAAGGAGCACGAGCAGGUGGUGCGCAAGCUGCAGGAGAUCUCCGACAGCAGCGCCUGCAGCAGCGCCGCCAACACGCUGUGCUUCAAGUGUCGCAACAACAUGAAUCCCGCCAGCGUCUGUAAGCGUUGCCAGCCCUCGGUCAAUCUGGCGCUGGACGAGAUUACCGCGGUGACUGUAGAGCCCGCCAAGGAGCCAACACCAGUUGCUGCAGCUGCAGCUGCUGCUGCACCUGCUCCGGCAGCCGUGCCGGUCAAGGCGCCGCCCAAGAAACGCUUUGAUGUCAUCACCAGCUUCACGGACAGCCCGCUCUUCACGCGCAAGCAUCGCUUUGGAUAUGGACGCAGCAAGGAUCUGGCACCAGGCAGCAGCACUGAGAACUCCACACCGCUGCUCGCUCGCAAGCACGAGAACAGCUUCAGCUUUGUCAAGCAGCUGUCCGAGGUGCGCUGGCGCCGCAAGGAGACGCCCGCCAGCCAGCAGCAGCAGCAGCAGCAGCAGCAGCAACAGAACCAGCAGCAGCAGAGCUCCAGCAAUGCCAGCACACUGGAGCGACAGCAGUCCGAGACGAGCAGCACAGCCUGUGGCACGGUGGAGGCGACGCCCGUGGAGGCCAAGGCUUCAGUGUCGCUGCAUACGCAGGCCUUGACCACCUUGGAGAACAUCAUCAGUCGUCUGCGAGAUCUGGAUGAGGGUCGCUUGACGCCGCCGUCGACGCCGCAGCGUUUGCCGCGCAGCUCGCCCGCCUCGCCGGCGGCCAGCAAGAAGAACAAGCGCCAGCAGAGCAACUCUCCCAUUCGGCACAUACUCAACUCGCCGCUGCUGAAUCGCAGGCAGCGCAAGAAGCCGAGCAUCAUCGAGAGCUCCGACGACGAGGGCAAUCAGACGAACGGCUCGGGCGAGGAAAUGGGCGCCAGCACGGGCAACGGCAAUGGCAAACAGUAUCGCGACCUGGAGACAUUCCAAAAGGCGCAGCUGCGUCAGAAGCUGAAGCGCGGCAAGAUCGAGCCAAAUGGCAGCGCCAGCUGUGCCAAUCCAGCGCCGGUGCGACGCGAGUUCGUGAUGCACAACAAGGCGCCCAUGUGGAACGAGAUGAGCCAGGUGUACCAGCUGGACUUUGGCGGACGCGUCACCCAGGAGUCGGCCAAGAACUUUCAGAUUGAGUUUCGUGGCAAGCAGGUGAUGCAAUUUGGACGCAUCGAUGGCAAUGCAUAUACCUUGGACUUUCAAUAUCCAUUCUCGGCGCUGCAGGCGUUCGCCGUGGCGCUGGCCAAUGUGACGCAGCGCCUGAAGUAAUUGGACAUUAUGAAUAUACCAACUGUUGUAUUAUCGUAAAGCAUUACAGACACAAACACACACACACACACACAAUUAUAUAUAUAUUUAUAUAUGUACAACUAACUAUAUAUAGUACUUAUAGCACGCCGCCAGCUAACGCCGCAGCAGCAGCAGCCGCCGAUCGCAAUUGCUUUAAUAUGCAUAUUUUUUUAUACUAUACUAAAGCAGGCCAAGCAGGCGCCUUGGCUUUAUCAUUUGUAAAUAUGUAUAUGUACUUAAUUAUAUUGUGGUCUUUAGGUUUCUGAAUGCCAUACAUAUUAUUGUGUAAUGUUGUAUCCCCGAGAGGAUGCGAUCUAUGAACUCAUACCACCAUUUAAUUGAAGGUUUAGCAAUUUGAUAUUGGUGCGCAACAGAAAUGAAGCAGAUGAAAAAAACUCACAGUCCGAUCCAUUUUUUGUGCAAUAUUUGUAUGACAAACUUUUUGGCUUAAGUAUAUACAUGUAUAAAUAGCAAAACCAAAUGAAAUGAGAUGAUCGAUGAUGUAAGUGUUAAGCAUCAUUAUUGAUCUAUGAUCUAUUUUUAAACGUAUCUGAAUGAAAACGAUUUUUCAGUCGAAUUUUUUAAACUAGUUUGUACAAGAGCAGCCUUUUUGCAUUGAGAGCUUCGUUUGUUUUCGUUAUUUCCUUAUCGACUUAGGUGCAAUAA